CGUCCUAGUUUGAACUCGACUAACACAGAAAGCCCAAACAGGUUUUUGGCAUCUGUCGGAUUUUAAAAUGUCCACCAUCUUCAUAUAGAUUUGUUCUGGUUUUUCAUCCGAUUCUUCUGAAAGAGAAAACUUAUUGUGGGGUUUCACAGUGAAGCGUAAAUAUGUACAGAUCAAGAGAGCUAAAGGCAGCUGUUCACCACAGCCCGCUCACCGCUAUGGCAAGAAUAACAGAAUGGCUUUUCCUUAGCAGUUGUCAAGUUGCACGAGACGAAAAAUUGUUGCUAGAAAAAGGAAUUACAUUAGUCAUCAAUGCCACCAUUGAGGCACCAGAGCAGGAUUACAAGAAAGUCAAACAUAUUAGAAUAAAAGUCAAUGAUAACCCUGGAAACAAGAUUGGUAUCUUCUUUGAUAUGGUAUCCGAUAAAAUAGAAAGUGUAAGGCGUGUUGGUGGUAAAGUCCUUGUACACUGUAUUGCUGGAGUUAGCAGGUCUGCCUCCCUUGUAAUUGCAUACCUCAUGAAAUAUCAAAGACUAAACCUCAGAGAUGCACAUAAACUUGUUCAAGACAAGAGGCCCCUUAUUCGUCCCAACACUGGCUUCUGGAAAGAGCUAAUUGAUUAUGAAAAGAAGCUCUUUGGCAAGAACUCAGUACAAAUGGUAGACACGAAAUUGGGACCUGUGCCAGAUGUGUAUUAUGAACAUGUUAAAGACCUAGUUUGGUAAAAAAAAAAAAAAAGAAAGAAAGCAAUGUGAACUGAAUUUAUAUUUAUAGAGUAAUAUAUGAUAUUUUUUAUAGCUUGUUUACCAAAUUGAUGUGAAAGUUACAUAGGAGAAUAGUUAUUCCUAGCAGAAAAAAAUUGACUCUACAGUAAGUUUAAUGAAUAUUUGAUCUCCAUUCUCUAGUUUUAAGUCUAAGCUGUGCCGAUAACAAACAAACAAACAAAAACACAAGCAAACACAUGCAAGGAAAACAAACGGAAACUAGACUAACCAAAUAAUUUCGAACUUUUAAGGGCGUUACAAAUCUAAGACCAGAGUAUUUUUGCAGUUAUGGUUUAGAGUAAUAUGGUUGCUGGAAGUAGGGAGGGUCAAGAACUUAUUGAUAUUAAUGAUAUGACUAGAGAAACUACAGACAACUUGUAGAAUAACUAGAAGAUGCUGGAAGUAGGGAGGGUCAAGAACUUAUUGAUAUUAAGAAUAUGACUAGAUAAACUACAGACAACUUGUAGAAUAACUAGGAGGUAUGACUAGAAAAACAACAGCAAGCUGUAGGAUAACUAAUUGGGCUGUGUAAGCGAAGUAGAAUCAGGGAAAAUCAACACAAGGUUGAAUUGGUAUAUUUAACGAAGGGUGUGUGUUACGUUGCAUGAUCGGUAGUCGUUUUCGUAAAUCAACCAUAUCAUUUGAAAGCAGGUCUCUAGAAAUAUGAACUAGACCGAGUUUCAGGUUCUUUUAUUGUUCCCUCUGAACUAGACCGCUUAUCUAUUUACGGUGUUUCUUUAAAGAACGGCUCAAAUGCCCGGUUGCUGCUAUAAAGGAAAAACUGCCCUUUGCAUAGAAUAUUAUAUACGAUUACCUUAGCGCGCCGCCUAUUGUCCAUAGUCCCUUUUCGACUCUGUCGGCUCGCAGCGUCUACCGACUACUACAACUAUUGUUUGCGUACUUCACUAUAAAUACCACAGAUACUAUAGACAUCGGAGUAGGCUUCGAAAGGCUUGAAACUUCAGUGAAACUACUAUGUUUUUACCAAGGCUCGAAACUACCAUUUCAAUCUUGUGUUGUUUUAUUCCCCUAUGAUAUCAAAUUGUGCAAAUUAAAAAAAAUGACGUGAAUUAAA